AUGGCAAACGCUGAGGAAAUUUCUUCAUUCAUCGCACUAAUUUUAAACAUUUUCUCUUCUUAUACUGCAGUCACGCUGAACAUUAUAACCAUAUAUGUGUUAAGAAAAAUUUCUUCGUUGCCGAAGCCUGUUAGAAUAUUGCUAUUGAGCCUUGCUGUCUCUGAUCUUGCUGUUGGAUUAAUUGUGCAACCUCUAGCCAUAGCAACGCUGGUAACUCAAAACAAUGAAGAUACUUUCCAGUUUGAGAAGGCAUCUGAGGUUUUUGGGAUUUGUUUUACUGCAGCCUCAUUUUUAAAUAUAACAGCUUUAGGCGCCGACAGAUUCUUGGCCAUUCACCUUCAUCUUAGAUACCAAGAACUUGUAACUCACAGGCGUAUUGUCACUGCAGUCAUCACGAUCUGGGUGUUCAGUGCAACUGUUUCUCUAUUUGAUCUCUGGGACAGAACGACGGCUGCUCAAGCUACUUUCCUUGCGAUUGUUGUUGUCUGUUUUAUUUCUACAACAUUUUUUUAUUUCAAGAUUUACUUAACAGUGCGUCAUCUCACAAACCAAAGUCAUACACUGCAAGUGCAAAAAGCAUCACAAAACGUUGAGAGCACUUCGCAGAACACAGCAAGCCAGAGAAAAUCUGCGAUCGCUAUAUUUUAUGUAUAUAUCGUCUUUUUGUUAUGUUAUCUACCACGUUAUUCUAUUUAUUUUGCAAACAUGGUAUCCAGUCAUGAACCAAGUGUUGCAGAGGAAAUUUUAAUCAUCUAUGCUGUGGCCCUAGUCCAUCUGAAUUCUUCACUGAAUCCGCUCAUCUACGCCUGGAAGAUGAGACCUAUUCAACACGCUAUUAUGGAAAUACUGCGAAACAUAUUGUCAAAACAUUGCUGUUGAUAGUGGAGGAUAUUAGAGUUCUGCGUAUUCGAGGUUAUCGUCUAUUCAGUUAGUAUACCGUAAAAUUCAGAAACUAAGCCCCGGGGCUUUUAUUUUUCAAAGGCCCUUUUUGAGGCGCUUAUUUUUGGAGGGGCUCAUUACUUGGGGAAAUUUGCGUUUCAAAAUCGAUUGGGCUAGCCUUGUAGUUGGAAGGAAAUUUACCCUUUUUGCUUUAUUUUGCUUUGUAUGUGACGGCAGUUUCUUAAUACAAGCCCCCCCGGGGGGGGGCCUUAUAUUUGGGGGGGGCGAUUUAAUGGAGGGCUUUUUGCGUUACGAGUUUGGGGAGGUUCUAAUUGAAGGGGCUUACACAUGGAGAGGCUUAUUUUAAGAAUUUUACGGUAUUAUAUUUCAGAUCAGUUCUUUUAACAGACUCUUCAACGUUGCGGGUAAUAUGUAAUAAGCGAGCAUCAAAUCUAAUAGAGGACGAGCAGCUGAUGGUUUUAUUCCAGCAAAAUCUACAUUUUAGAUAAUAAUUAUUUUUUCCGUUUAUUUAUUCUCUUUAUUCUAAGCCAAGCUGGUGGAUUAUAUUGACAAUAGGUGAAAAUAAAAGAAAGUUAAUUAACAUUUAGUCGAAGCCAUGUUGGUUGGUUAUAGAAACUUACUAUACAUAAACUCAGAUGCUUUGCGUAUCGGUUGUGGUUCACUUUAUCCUUUACCUUAAAACAAAGAAAAAUAAAAUUUAAACUAAGGAUAAAACUAAAACACAACGCAUAUACCGAUUAUUUCAUAAAAUAUUAAAUGAAUGCACCUUUGAAAGUUGUAUAUGAUUUCCAUUCACUUGGCAGAACUGUCACUCAUAGAAGGAUAAAAUAAAAUUUUAGAAAAGUAGAAAAGUAAGUAUUGACUUUCUUACAAACUUUUAUGAUAGGCUUCUAAUACCCGGAAGGAUCCGUUUCUUAGAAACCAAUAGUUUUAGGCCAUUGUUGCUCAGCUUUCCUAACAAAAAGUUCCUGACGGAGGAUGCUGUGGUCAAAAUGCUGAAUGCACACAUUUAUGUCACUGAGGAAUUAUCUCUACUAUAAAAAUUCAUUGUCUCAUUAACAUUUUUUUAAGUCAGGGGUUUCAAUUUAAAACGUUGAACAUGUACUUUUUAUCAUUUCUAUGGCCCGGCUAUCGAGACUCUAUCGACAAUCAGCGUUUACUGAUAAUUAAAUGGCAGCGUUAUUGCUAAGAAAAAAAAACUAUCGCUUUUCUUGUUUGCAUAAGAUUUAGAUAGAAAACAGGCCCCUCCUCACCCCCUUUGUCAUUAAAGAGCUAUUUCAAUGCAAUGCACUUUCUCCUAGAUUGGUAAGCGUAUCUGACAAGAUUUCUUUUGUCGCCUUUAAUUCUCAAUUAUGUGUAAAAUAUAUGUAUCCGACAUUUAUUUUCGUCAUAAGUCUUGCAAAAUCUUUUUUCGUCUUACAGUUCGGAGCUGUUCGGAUUCGCAAGAAUGUCAACAAUGAUUUACAAGGUGGCAGCAAAUAAGAAUUAAGGUGACUCGACCCAGUUUUUUUUAGGGGGUACCAUCCUACUUUGAAGCUCUCUGGUAUCCCCACCUUUACUUUUAUCGUAAGUAUAACACAUAGAAUGGAUAACAUAUAGA